AUGUUCAUCAAAGCCUCCGCUCUCGUCCUCCUCCUCACAUCCACGCUCACGCAGGCCGCGGUGCGCAAGUACAACCUCGACAUCGUCAACGGCAACGUCAACCUCGACGGCACAACCCGCGGCGCGGUGCUCGUCAACGGCCAAUUCCCCGGAACGGUCAUCACGGGAGAAAUCAACGAUGAUUUCGAGCUGACCGUUAACAACAAGUUGACGGAUGAGACGAUGGAUCUACCUACCGCCAUUCACUGGCAUGGGUUCUUCCAGGCUAGGACGGCGCAUGAGGAUGGGCCCAGUCAUGUUAACCAGGCGCCGAUUUUGCCUGGGGACAGCUACACGUACAGGUUCAAGGCACGCGACCAGGCGGGUACGUUCUGGUACCACUCCCACUUCCACGCCCAGUACGUUGAUGGGUGCCGGUCUGGUAUCAUCAUCCGUGACCCCAAUGAUGAGCACAAGGGGCUUUACGACUAUGACUUGGAUGAGCAUCUCCUCCAGUUCUCCGACUGGUACCCCCAGAAAUCCAGGGUGUCGAUGGCAGCCCUCACCGCCUCCGGCUCCGAGCCCACCCCCUCCGUAAUCCUCAUCAACGGCCUCGGCGGCAAGCAAGGCAGCUACGUUGUGAACGUCGAGAAGAACAAGCGAUACCGCCUGCGUCUCCUGAACAGCGGCGCCAUGGUGCCCUAUGAGAUUGCAUUCGACGGCCACGAAUUCGACGUCAUCGAGGUCGACUCCGUCAACCACGUCCCCGUCCGCGCUUCCAAGCUCACCAUCUACCCCGGUCAACGUUACUCCGUCGUGCUGAAGGCGGACAAGCCUGUCGGUAACUACGCCAUCACCAUCAAGCAGCUUGACGGCCCCGAUGCACCCGUCACGACCACCGGUAUCCUCCGCUACGCCGGCGCUCCUGCCGUCGCCCCCCGCGGCCUCGUCUUCCCUCAACGCCGCGCGUCCGCCCCAGCGCUCAAGGACGACAUGCUGCACCCCACCCGCCCCGACCCGAUCCUCUCCAACCCCAAAAUCAAAGCCGACAUCACCAUCCCCAUCAAAUUCAGCAAGACCACCAUCGGCGGCAAGAGCGUGUGGCAGAUCAACAACUCCCCCUUCGAAGCCCCGCACGACAACGUCCUCGACGCCGUCCUCCGCCACGGCGCAACGACCCAAGCGGAUUUCGCCAAAUCCUCCAACAUCUUCGUCCUCGACAAACCCAACGCCGUCGUCGACCUCGUCUUCUCCGGCGCCGCCAACGGGUUCAACCACCCCUUCCACCUGCACGGCCACGCCUUCUCGGUCCUCACCGCCGGCGCCAACCCCGUCAUGCGCGACGUGCAGGCCAUCGGCGGGUCCAGCCAGACCCUCCGCUUCGUCGCGGACAACCCCGGCGUGUGGUUCAUGCACUGCCACAUCGACUGGCACUUGGAGCAGGGGCUGGCGGUCAUCUUUGUGGAGCGCCCCAAUGACAUCCGCAGUGGACCGCAGAGCGUGGCCCCGUCGCAGGAGUGGUUGGACAAACAUGCAAAGUGGGAGGCGUGGCGUGAUGCCCAUGGAGAGCACUAA